AUGGAAGUGAACGACGCAGUCACUAAUAGUGAUGCUAAUGACAAUAAACCAACGGAAUCUUUACAACAAAAUAAAGAUUAUCAAAAAAAUGUUAUUGAGAAAUUCGAUGUCAAGAAGAUUUCUCCGUAUACAUCAGUAACCCAUGACGAAUUUGCCUACGACAAUAAAUCUGGUUUUAGAUCGUCAUCAAGAGAACAAAGUAACGAGGAGAGAUACCACUCAAAGUUAGAGGAAAUACAGAGUGAUAAGUUUUUGUCUGAUAGAAUAAGGAAUUCGCAAUUUGCUAACAAUAUAUCAACACAACCUACGGAAAACACUGUUUGUUCUUCCGUUUCAUCUUUGCGAGACAAAUCGGAUACAUUUUCGAGGCUAGUAAAUCAGUUCAAUCCUCCAAUUUUACUUCAGCCAACAGUCAAGGCGAAUGAUAUCUUGGACUUUUCAACACUUAUUUCGAAUUCUACUCUGUGGUUAGCCCAUUUGAUGAAAAGUCAAUCAUCAUUACCGCUUUCAACGUAUUCAAUUACAUGGCCUGUCAGUAGUUCGAGCUCUGCUCAUUUUUGUGAAGAUAUUCCAAGUUUUAAAAAUGACAAAAAUCAAACAGGAAAUGAAAAUUAUAUCAACCCAGAUUUUAAUCCUCAAUUAUUUUCAGAAAAUCUCACAUUCAAUUUUUGA